UGAAAGCUUGUUCUGCUGCCACACUGCUUUUUCCAUUUGAGGGGGUAUCUUUAUUCCGGCCUGUGAGGUAACAAGGAUUUCUCUAUAAUGAGAUGGAUUCUGGGAGAGACUCCCCUGGGAAGGAGAGUAAGGAGACUCUAGUUGAUAAGAAGGCUGGAAUCGGGGCCUUCGGCUGGAUCCUGGUUUCACUUUCAUUCUUGUUGGUGCUUAUAACCUUUCCUUUCUCCAUCUGGAUGUGCUUAAAGGUUAUCAGAGAAUAUGAGCGUGCUGUCAUAUUUCGGCUGGGACGGAUAGUGUCUAAAAAAGCAAAGGGCCCGGGUUUGAUCAUGGUUCUUCCGUGCACAGAUGUUUUUGCCAGGGUUGAUCUUAGAACCGUUACUUGUAACAUUCCUCCACAAGAGAUUCUUACAAAAGAUUCGGUAACUACCCAAGUUGAUGGAGUGGUCUACUACAAAAUCCAUAGUGCUGUCUGUGCAGUGGCUAAUGUCACAAAUGUCCAUCUAGCUACUAACCUGCUGGCACAGACCACUUUGAGAAAUGUUCUAGGCACCCAAAGCCUGUCCCAGAUCUUGUCUGGUCGAGAAGAGAUUGCUCACAAUAUCCAGUCUAUCCUUGACAAUGCCACCGAUAGAUGGGGAAUCAAAGUAGCACGUGUGGAAAUCAAAGAUGUCAGGAUCCCUAUGGAGAUGCAAAGAGCUAUGGCUGCUGAAGCCGAAGCAACACGAGAAGCCAGAGCUAAGGUCAUAGCAGCAGAAGGAGAAAUGAAUGCUUCCAAAGCAUUGAAGCAGGCCUCAACGGUGCUAGCUGAGACUCCAGCAGCCCUCCAGCUGCGCUACCUGCAGACCUUAACCACGCUGGCUACUGAGAAGAAUUCCACCAUUGUCUUCCCACUGCCCAUGAACGUGCUGCAAGGUUUUUAUAAGAAUAGUCAGAAAAAAACAAUUCGUGACUAAGGCUCUUUGCCACUGGCUGCUUUAGUGUGGGGAGUUUUACAUAGAUUCAGGAGAGGCAAACUCCUGCCAAUUAUCAGAAUUAAUGUAGAAUGUGCACUGUGAUACCCUGCCUCAGGAUUAGGGCUAGCUGCAGAGAGAUGAUCACAAGUCAGAACACUGAAUCUGAAUGCUCCCAAACUUGUCUGGGAGUCAAAAUUCAGAUAGCCAGCUGUUGUGGCUGAAACUCAUCUCUAGGUAAAAACAGAAGAAACUUAAAAAAAAAUGUAGAUUAAUCUCAAACAGAGGUGUUGGCUUUUGAUGAUACUUGGUUUUACAGUCUCUCGUUUAGCAGGUAUGUGGUGCUCAUUGGGAGCUUGUCUCUACAAAACUAUACAGCCUCUACAUACAGUAACUAGGCCCUAAACUGGAGUAAAUCUAUAGCAAUUCCAUUGAAAACACAAGCAUCAUGGUGAGAAGAAUGAGGUAUUCUUUGAUCAUUAUUGGAACCACCAAGUAAUGUAAGUAACUCCUAUAACCUGGGGAUUAUAUCUACAAAAAGACUUAGGUGCCUAUAUCCAACAUUUAGAGAUCAACAUUUAGGACGCAGCUUGAGUUACCUGCCACUUGAUCACAUUUGGAGGUUUUCCUUCACAGCCAUAGCAGCUGACUUUAAAAAAAAAAAAAGAGUGAAAGGAGUGACCCUGGAGAACAGCUGAGAGAUCUGUCCACUUGGCCUCAAAGGGCUACUGCUGCUAGCGUACAUUGGAAAGGAACAUGGGAAUUGCCCGGAUCCAUCUAGUCCAAGAUCCUGUUUCUGAUAGCAGCCUAUACCCCAUGCUUCAGCAGAAGGUAGGAGAACUCUGAAGCAAGCAGUUGUAGGGUGAGAUUGUGUCCUCCCACCCUCCUACGUCUGACAUUGAUCUCUACUAAUUAGAGAUUGGCUUAAACCCUAAAGCAGGAGAAUUAGCUUCAAAACUUUCCUAAAGUUUGUGUUAGCACUAGUGAUUAAACAUCUGGAUAUUCUUGUUAACAAUAUAAAUGGCCAACACUCUUUUUUGUGUGUGUGUUAAUGCUACUGUGAUUUUGGCCUCAAUGAUAUCGUGUAGCAGUAUGUUUUACAGUCGAAUUACAAAUGAUUUGAAAAAGUAUUUCCUUUGAUGAGUUGGCCACAUUUUUAAUUUCAUUGACUGUCCCCUUGUGUUAUGAGCCUGGGAGAACAGAAUGUAUCUCCUCAAACCCAGCUAUUAUUUGUUAUGUUUUCAUCACUUCCCCUUCUUAUCUGUCUUGCUUUAUGAGCAAUUUGCUGUGUCCAAUUUCAUUCUUA